CCGUGCGCGCCGACCGGAUGCGCGGGGGCCGCAAUAAAUUCGGCCCGAUGUACAAGCGCGACCGGGCGCUGAAGCAGCAGAAGAAGGCGCUGAUCCGGGCCAACGGCUUCAAGCUGGAGACGCUGCCGCCUCUGCCGCCGCCCCCGCCGCCGCUUCCGCCGCUGCCCCCGCCGCCGCCGCCGCCCCCCAUCGUCUCUCCGGUGCAGGCGGAAGACUACGGCGGGCUGCCUCCCUCCCUGCACGGCCUGGCCCACCACCAACACCCGGCCGGCUUGGCCAAGGCUCUGCCUCCCCCCAGCGCGGCUGCCAUGACGCCCAUCGACUACGAGCGCAGCCCCUACGGGACGCCCGCCCUGGCCGGGCCCGGCCCGGUGGGUCCCGGGCUCCUCUCGGGCUACCCUUACCCGCCUUUCGCCAGCCGGGCCAUCAAGUCCGAGUUCCCGGAGCCUUACGCCGUCCACCCGCACGAGGCCGCCCCGGCGUACCCCUUCCCGGAGCCUUAUCCCGGCGCCGGCGGCGGGGGCGGAGGAGCCUCUCCGGCCACGGCGCUGGACGUGCCCGAGGUGAUCCUGAAGCUGCUGCAGCUGGAGCCGGACGAGGCGCAGCUGAAAGGCCGCAUCCUGAGCUGCCUGCAGCAAGAGCAAGGCGGCAGGGGCCGGCCGGAGAAGCUGACCACCUUCGGACUCCUCUGCAGGAUGGCUGACCAGACCCUCUUCGCCAUCGUGGAGUGGGCGCGCAGCUGCAUCUUCUUCAAAGAGCUGGAG